GGCGCGAGCACAGUCGAACCUGCUCAGGUGCGACUUUCCUUCCGUUUUCCUCGUGCAUCGAGUGCGACGCGCAAACAUCUUAACGGCAAACACGUGCGAUUACCGUCUACCUCGCCGCAAUUCCCCAAAUUUACCGCCACAACUGGGCCUACUUGGCGAUCUCUUGGCCACGUGUUACGUUCCAAGUGGCAACAGCGGUGAAUAUUUUAUAUGACCGGAGGAUAGAACUCGACUCGAUUCCGAUCCCCCUUUUUCCUUUCUUUUCACGUUUUGACGGUGGAGCACGGACGCCAGACAUGCCGUACUCGGUCUACAAAUGUAGAAGAACGUUUCUCCACGCGAUAUGUUCGUUCUCGAUUUGUGGACUGGUGAUGGCUCAACUGGAUACCAGAUACCCGGACCAAAGGAUAGUGUUCCCCGAUCGGGGCGAUCCGAGGGCGAGACAAACGGCGAAUCCUACGGUGGAGGAUGGGCCGAGUGCAGGAGGCGAAUCGUUGAAAUCGCUACAAUUAGGCAAGAAAAUCAGUUCCAUCAAUUCGAUCGACGAUUUCCUUAGAUUAGUCAAAGGUGUGCCACAGGAUAUAUCUUCCUUCUCUAUAAGCAGUAGAAUGGGAGAAACUGAACGUUCGAAUGCCGAGCGACCAAAUCAAGCUUUGUGUAUGCCUGAAUUACAAACAGUUCCUCUAUUAGAAAAUGACGAUCCAUCUAUUGUUUAUUAUCCAACUUGCACACGGAUCAAAAGAUGCGGAGGCUGUUGUAGUCACUCGUUUCUUUCUUGUCAGCCAACGGCUACGGAAACUCGAAAUUUCGAGAUUUUUGUGACGGCUCUUGAAUCCAGUAAUACAUUAAAAUAUCAAGGCAAACGUAUUGUACCGAUAGAGGAGCAUACGCAAUGCACGUGUGACUGCAAAAUAAAGGAGACGGACUGUAACAAGAAACAGUCUUAUGUACCGGAGGAAUGUACAUGUGUGUGCAACAAUAUCGAUGAACAGAAAAAGUGUAAUGAAAGCAACAUGAAAAUAUGGCAUCCAGAUCAUUGUAACUGUUCUUGCAGAGAACUACAGGAGUGUACAACUGGUUUUUAUUUCGACCAAAAUUCAUGCAGAUGCCUGCAAAUAUCUAGUAUUUGGUUUACAUCCACAAAGGAUUCUGAUUAUAGAUUUGGACAAACUCAAAGACCGGGUAAUGUAUCACCAAUAAUAAUUUCUCUAGAUUCAGAUGAUCCUAGAAGAAAACCUAAACCAGAUCCAGAAUAAUAAUUGAUAUAGAUUUUAAAACAAUUUAAUUAUUUAUCUUUGUGCCAUUUUGUUAUACACAUAAGUAUUGAUAUUAUUUAUGUAUUAAUAUUAAUAUUAGUUAUUGCAAAAAAUAAGUGAAUGUAUUUUUAUAUAUCAAAAAAUAUUGUAAU